AUGCUCGGCACGCUUUCCAGAACGGCUCGUGCCGACCUCAAGUCGAGCCAACUCACCCUCGAGCACUUUCUCAUGCGCUCGCGCACGCUCUCGCUCUAUCGCAAGUAUCUCAGGGCGACAAGAGACAUUCCCAACCCACUCGCACGCUGGGAGACGAUCCAGUUCUUUCGCGAUGACGUACAUCGAUUCCGCCACGAGACCGACCUCGAAAGGAUAAGGGACCUUCUCAUGCAGGGUCACCGCUUCCUCAAGCAGAUGCAGGGCCAGAUGACGUUGGCGGGCGCGGCCUCAGACGGCAACGACAACAAGCUUCGAGGCACACGGCAGUUGUAA